AUGCUACCGUACCUCUUUCCUGACCUUGGUGCCUUUCCCACAAUUGCUGACCUCAUUACGCACCUCCGCACUAGUGACACUCGCUACCGCGCUGCGCUUCCUGCUGAGUUCUGCGCCAACAACCCCCCCCCCAUGUACAUCACUCUCUACUACAUAGUCACCCGCCUCCCUGACUCCCUUCGCGUAGUCAGGGACCACAUCCUCUCAGUCUGUCCCACCACUCUCACUGUUGACCUCCUCGAGAAGGCCCUCUUAGCAGCGGAGAAGAGCAUAGUCGCUGUAGGAGCCUCUCGUGGUGACCCGCGCACCCCCAUCUUUAAGGGUCGGUCGGUGCGGCGUCUACCCCUAGCGGGAGACGCCGCCCUGGCAAGGGCAAGGGGGGCAGGGGCGCUGGAGGAGCUAGCGGGGGCGGUGGAGGCGGCGGUGGAGGCGGCGGAGGGGGUGGGGGUGGCGGUGGGGGUGGUGGCGGGGGUGGAGGUGUCGGUGGCGGCAGUGGAGGCGGAGGCGGCGGCGGCGGUGGCGGUGGGAGCGGAGGUGGCGGGGGUGGCGGCGGUAGAGGAGGCGGUGGCGGAGGAGGUGGAGCUGGUCGGGGUGGCGCUGCGCAAAGGGUCGGCUCCGGUGGUGCGGGGUGGGGGUACUGGUCCGUGCACCUACGUCCUCCGCACCGGCGACCGCACGGGUGAGCAGUGUGGGGGUGCGCACCCCACCCAGCGCUGCUUUGGCCACCUGACGGACGCUUGGCGUCAACAGUUUCCGGAGGCCACGGAGAUCCCCCGCUGGGGUGAGCUGUCUAGGGCGGGCGUAGCUAUCUUUGAUCUUGACUUUGAUGCUAUUCUUGCUGCCAUGUAUGCUGUGUCUAUUAGUGAUAAGGGUGACUGUUACAGGUGUUUCCCGCCCAACCCGGGCAUUGAGACUGCUGCUCUAGGUACUGGUGAGGCUGUUGCUCUAGGUGCUAGCGAGGCUGCUGCUCUAGGUGCUAGUGCGUCUGCUUCCUCAGGUACUGGUGAGUCCGCGCUCUCAGGUACCGAGUCGGCUUCGGCCUCCCUCACCUUCACCCUUGACUCGGGGGUGUCUCGAUCCUUCUUUCGAGACCGCACCACACUCACGCUGCUUGGUCGGCCAGUUGCAGUCUCUCUGGCAGACCCCUCUGGGGGUCCUGUCCUUGCUCACUUCUCCACUGUCCUCCCGUGUCCGGCGGCUCCCUCUGGCACCCUGUCUGGUCUUUACCUCCCCUCGUUCUCUACGAACUUGGUAGCUGCGUCGGCUCAGGUGUUUGGUGCAGCGUCCAGGUCUGGUCCUGAGUCUGCCCCCUGCUCGUGUCGCCUCCUGUCUCACGAGACUCUCCUUUGGCACCAACGCCUUGGUCACCCCUCCCUGCUUCGUCUCCGAGGCAUGGCCUCCCGUGUCCUUGUCUCUGGUCUUCCCCGGUCCCUCCCUCCCCUUCCUCCGGGGCCUGGCCGUACCUGCAUCCCUUGUGUCGAGGGGCGGCAGCGGGCUGCCCCUCACUCCUCUCAGUUUCCUCCGACGGAGGCCCCGCUGCAGACGCUUCACAUGGACGUGUGGGGCCCGGCCCGCGUUCGUGGGCAGGGUCACGAGCGCUACUUCCUGUUGGUGGUUGACGACUACUCGCGUUACACCACAGUCUUCCCCUUGCGCAGCAAGGGUGAUGUCACUGAGGUGUUGAUCCACUGGAUCCGCGCAGCUCGUCUCCAGCUCAGGCAGAGCUUCGGCUCGGACUUUCCUGUUCUGUGUUUGCACUCUGACAGAGGCAGAGAGUUCUCCUCUGGCCUUCUGCAAGCCUACUGUCGUGGACGAGGCAUCCGCCAGACCUUCACGCUUCCGGACUCUCCACAGCAAAAUGGGAUUGCUGAGCGCCGCAUUGGCAUAGUCAUGGACGUCGCUCGUACGUCCAUGAUGCAUGCGGCUGCCCCCCAUUUUCUGUGGCCGUUUGCGGUUCGGUACGCGGCGCAUCAGAUCAACCUUCACCCCAGGGUCUCCAUGCAGGAGACCUCCCAAUCCUUGCUGUGGACGGGGAAGGUUGGCGAUGCGUCUGCGUUCCGUGUCUGGGGAUCUCGGGCGUUUGUCCGCGACUUGUCUGCGGACAAGCUGUCCCCUCGUGCUGCUCCCUGCGUCUUCCUGGAUUUCCCCCCUAACGCGCCAGGGUGGCAGUUCUACCACCCCACCUCUCGCCGUGUUCUGUCCUCCCAGGACGUCACAUUUGACGAGUCGGUCCCCUACUACCGCCUCUUCCCCUACCGCACUCCGUCCCUCCCCCCGCCGCCGCUCUUCCUUGUACAAGGUCCCCCUCCGGUAGACCCCCUCCCCCCUCAGGGUCCGUCCCCUUCAGGUGUGUCCCAUGUAGACGCAGUCGAGCCCGUCGAGGUCACUGGUGACUCUGGUGCUGCUGAGGGUGCUGAGCCUGGGGGUGCUGACUAUGGGGGUCGUGUGCGUGUGUGUGCUACACCUGGGGGUACUGAGAUCGGGGGUGCUACGACUGGGGGUACUGAGACUUGGGGUGCUGAGACAAGGGGUGCUGGGCCUGGGGGUGCUGAGCCUGGGGGUACUACGCCUGGGGGUGCUGAGCCUGGGGGUGCUACGACUGGAGGUACUGAGCCUGAGGGAGUUGGGCCUGCUUGUGAGGCGUCCGGCGGUGCUGGGCCUGGAGGUUCUCCGGGUGCUUCGCGUACUGCUGGAGCUGAGGUUUCUUCGGCUGCUGAGGGUGCUGGUGCUGCCGGUCUCGGAGGUGCUCCUACGGGAAGUACUGGAGCUGCUGGGCCGGCGGGUGCGUCUCGAGCUGGAGCUGCUCCGGGUGUUGGCGCUGAGGCUACUACUGUCGGUCCUGGUGGCAGUGCUGCUGGAGUUACUGGAGCUGGAGGUGCUGCUGGAGCUGGUGCUGCCGCUGCGGGUGCUGGUGCUGUCCCUGCCGUGUCUGGAGUCGCCGCGCGGCCUCGGCCGUACUUCGUUCCGCUCCUUCAGCAGGUUCUUGGUCUCCCGCCUUCUACUGGUCCUCCUCCUCCCUUAGAGUGUCCACAGCCUGUCCAGUCACGGUUACGGUUACAGAUGGCCUCCCCGCUGCCUGCUCCUUCUCCCUACACUGGUCCUACUGGAGGUCUUGCUGAGCGUCGUGAGCCUGCGUCUCACCCUACGUCGCUUGUCCGUCCUGCUCACGCUAGUGGUCGUAGUUCCCGUGAGCGUCCUCCUCCUGUCCCUAGCACGCACCGGAUGUCUCUGCGUCCGUCCACUGCUCCUCUGCGUGCCCCGUUGCCUUCUCCUCCUGAGUCCUCUCUUCCUGCUCUUGCCGACCAUUUGUCGGACUCUCUUCGUGCUGCCAGUCCUACUGUUACGCGUCUCCUUGCUACUAUUGUCACUGGCCCUUCUUUUGAGUCCACUGCUGCGUCUGCCCUAGUUGCUAAGCUCGUCGACUUUGUUGCUCACUGUCGUCUAGACUACGCUGCUAGUCUUGUCGCUGAGUCUGAGUGUGUCUGUCCUCCGUCCGUCGGGGGUGAGUGUGCCCUUGGCACGGACGUCCUUGAGGACAGGCAGGAGGAGUUCUAG